AUGGAGAGUUCGACCUCUAGCACUGUGCAGUCUCUGAAUGCAUCUGGCACUUCCAGAGUAUACGUCGGCAAUAGCUACAGCAUAACGCACCACUAUGGCAGAGGCCCCGAGGACGAUGGAGAGAAGAAAUACCUGGAUGCACUGCGCUCGACCGAUCCCUGUGAUGAUAAAGCCAGGAUUGAACAGAUGAAUGGCGGUUUGUUGAAAGAUUCGUACGUUUGGAUCCUUGAUAGCCCUGAGUUUAUUACAUGGCGCGAUGAAAGCAAGACUGCAAUAUUGAAGGGUCUCAUCUACCUGUUGGUCAUUCAACACCUAACUGCUGUGUCUCAUCUGGACCACAAGGAAGAUAAAGACCACUGGAACUACAAGGUGUCCCUUGAAGGCACUUUCCGCAAAAUAUUGGACGAUCCAGGUCUUGGCGAGACAUACUUGCUUGUCGAUGCCUUGGAUGAGUGCGUCGAAGACCUUCCCCUCCUCUUAGCACUGAUAUCCAGCACAUCCUCACGCGCCAAGUGGAUUGCCACCAGCCGCAACCGCUGCGAGAUUGAAGAGCUUUUUGGAGAGGCAUCAUCAAAAGUAGCACUGUCUUUGGAACUCCACGAAGGGUCUGUUUCUAGAGCUGUUGACAGUUACAUCAACUACCGAACUCGCCAUUUAGCUAAGAUUAAGAAACUGAAGAAGAGUACAUUACAGCAAAUCUACGAUCACCUAUCUCAGCACUCCCAGGGUACAUUUCUCUGGGUGGCCUUGGUGUGCCAACGACUAGAGAGAUGCCGCGCCUGGGAAAUUCUGAGCCAAUUGUUACAGUUUCCCCAGGGCCUGAACCAGUUCUACGCGAAGAUGAUGGACCAAGUCCACAAGUCUGCCAGUUGCGACCUCUACAUUAGAAUCCUUGCUGUCGCAUCAACGGUCUUCCGUCCUCUCACCUUUGCAGAACUAAUAGCUAUGGAGAGCCUGGAAAUUGAUCAAGAAACCCUUCCUGAUCUUAUAGCAGAAUGUGGUUCAUUUCUGACGACAAAAGAGAGCUCUGUCGUGUUCAUCCACCAGUCUGCCAAAGACUUUCUGCUUAAGGAGUCAAGCACAUUACUCUUUCAAUCCGGGCUUGCGAAGCAUCAAUACGACCUUUUUCAGAGGUGUAUCGCUAUGAUGCAAAGCCUCCAUCAGGAUAUCUAUGGCUUGGUCUAUCCGGGAGUCUCAUUGAAUGAAGCUCUUCGGAAUUGUCCAGAUCCCGACCCAUUAGAGAACAUCAAAUAUUCAUGUGCUUUCUGGGCUGAUCAUAUGCAAGAGGCAUAUGAGCUCUUCAUUCGGGGCGAUAAAUACAGCAAUAUCCCCGGAAUUGACACUGUUCAUGAUUUCAUUAACAAAAAGUUCUUGUUCUGGUUAGAGGCGCUUGCCUUGUGUCAGAACAUACCAGCAGCACUGAAGGCCUUGGUAUUUUUAAGGGACUUACCAGCUCCAGGUCAUGGAAGCUACAAGGCCCUGGUCGAGGAUGCGCUUAGAUUCUCGCACUAUUUCUGCUCUAUAAUUGAAAAUUACCCACUCCAGAUUUACGCCUCUGGUUUGCUCUUCAGCCCGAACAACAGCCUUAUUCGUCGUCGAUUUAAAGAGUACACCUCGAAAAUCUUCUCCCAGGUUCCGAAUCUCGACGAUAAGUGGAGCCCAAUUCGUAGCAUUUUUGAGUGCUCCGAUGACGAUCUCGACAUUAAGACUAUGAGCUUCUCGCCUACAGGUCAAACGCUAGUUGUAACCACAAGCUCAACAUUGACCAGAUGGCAUGUCAGCCAAGAGCCUAUGCCUGAUGUCAUACAAAGAGAAAAUGGUCAUAGUAGAAUUGCACCGUCUUCAGAUGGGAACUGGCUAGCAAUCAUCGCUUCUACACCGGCUUCAGAGACAGCACAGUCAUCAGCCCAAUGCGAAAUUCAAUUUCACGACUUGGCCUUGAGCAAGAUGGCUUGGCGUCAAAAACUUGACAGUCAUGAAGUUCUAGGCAUGGCGAUAUCCCGACAAUCAGUACUUGCUCGUGAGCUAUGA